AUGGUCGAAGUCGAAGCCCCUGGCCGGCCGCGGCAAGGCAAGGCUUGCGGCGAGGGAGGGAUGAUGGUCGAUCUGGAAAUUGAGCAAGCGGACGCCUUGAAAAAGCCGUCCGCGGAGGGUAGUGAUCUAGAGCCCAAUGAAACAGGACAGUCCUUGUUUCUAGGCCAUUUAUCUAUGCGUGCUAAUUCAGAAGCACUUGCUACUUCCUUGCAGCCGGUGUCUUGGCUCAGUUUUCUACUACUGCUCAUGACUGGAGGAGGGAUAAUUGUGUACUACGACAAAGAAAAGAAGCGUCACAUUGAAGAAUUGAAGAAUAGAACAAGUGCUGUGAGGCCUGGGCAAUCAGUAGGCACUGCAGCCAUUGGUGGCCCAUUCAAGCUUCUGAAUCAUGAUGGAAAACCUGUUACUGAAAAGGAUUUCAUGGGCAAGUGGACUCUGUUUUAUUUUGGAUUUACACACUGUCCUGACAUUUGCCCAGAUGAACUCCAGAAAAUGGCUGCGGCGAUUAACAAAAUUAAGGAAAAGGCAAAACUGGAUGUUGUGCCAGUUUUCAUUACAGUUGAUCCUGAAAGAGAUACUGUUGAGCAGGUUCGGGACUAUGUUAAAGAGUUCCAUCCAGAUCUGAUAGGACUCACGGGCACGACAGAUGAAGUAAGACAAGUUGCACGUGCUUACCGAGUUUACUAUAUGAAGACAGAGGAGGAGGGUUCUGACUACCUUGUUGAUCACUCAAUUGUCAUGUACCUGAUGAACCCAGAGAUGAAGUUUGUCAACUUGCUGGUAGGGGACAAGACGAGGAGGGUGACCUCGACGCUAGAACCCGCACCUGACGCCUGGCGGCUCCUGAUCCGCCCCUGCCUCCUUCUCCCGGUGUGCCGCUGCCACACCCUGGCCAUGGAUCCGUCAUCGUCGAGUGGGUUUGGGGUCCCAGGAUUCGUGGAUCCAGAGGAGGACAACGCCAAUGCCAUGGGUUUUGAUUUCUUCUCCCAGCUGGAUUCCAUGCCUCAGCCUUCCAAUGCUGCAGACACUCUUAUACCUCUACAGAGCGCUGCAGAAAAACAUGAAGAUCUGAAUCUGUACCCAAUAGGUGCAGUUUCAUAUCGUAUCAGUGCUCCAGUUGCUCUUGCAAGGUUCAAAGUUUCGAGGUCUAAAAGUGUCAUCAACUUAAAAAUUCAGGUGAGUGAGGACAUUUUCAAAGGACUGGACUACCUGACAGUUUGGGAUAUGACAAAUGUUGAGAUUAUGCUGAAGCUGCAGCGCCAGAGCUGCAAGCACUACUCACAUCACCCGGUCAAGUUUUGCAUUGAAUUAGCUUCUUUGUUGGUAGCAGUAUCUUCUUUUGCAUAUGCAGUCUGUAUGCACACAUGA